ACAGAUGGACCCUGCAAAUCAAUAUCAGAAAGUGAAACCAUACACCACAACUACUGUACAACAGGGGACAAGCAUGAGAAAAAUGUCUUAUGCAUCUGCUGUUGUGAUUGAUUCCUGUCAUGCUAAAACAGCCCCUGAACAUAUCAUCUGGAGCAGGAGAAGGGACCUCCUUUAAGUGGUGGAGCUGGCGCACAAGCAGCACUGUGGGGGAAUUCACAUGCUCUGAGCCGAGUCAGUGUGAAGAGAAUAGAAGGAGAAGGAAGAGAGUGCCCUUGAAUGGGCUUCAGCAGAGUCCGCUGCCUCCACAUUGCUACAAACAACACCCACGACGCCGGAAAUGAUAGAGAGCGAGGGAGAGAAGAAGAGAGGUGAUGUGUUCAAAAAGGACUGCAAUAUUAUUACAAGCAGCAGAGAAAGAAUCGGACGUGCUGGAAGCAGAUGAGUUUCCGAGCUAAGAGGAAACAUUAAGUGAAUUUAUAGCUGAAAAGGGACAAAAAUGCACCUCAGUAAUUUUUCCAGACAUUAAGUGCUCACCUGUUCAGAAAGAAGAGGCGACUGAGAAGAGCUGUGGCAAAAAAAUGCCUCACAACACAACAGAGAGUGAGAGGAAGGGAGGGGGUCUGGCGAUCACACUCUCCCCAACCAGAGACAAGGAUACAGCCACAGUCGAUACAGAGGACAAAGCUCUGGUCACCUAUUCCUCUCCAGGCAUCCUUGGAACGUGUGACUGGAAGGUGGAGAGUUCACGAUCAAAGGAGAGAAAAGGAGUGAGCGAAGAGAGGGGGAUAAAGACAAGCGAAGGUGGAGGUCAGAACGCAGCACAUGCUGGCAGGGUGUCUCAGACAGAGGAAGAAACUGAGACAUGUCCAUCCCACUGCAUCACAGCAUCACCAGGAGCAACACAAGACCAGAGUGACCUCAUCCAUCCUGUCACAGCCGGCACAGCCCCGUUUCCUCUGAGCAUCAUCAGGAUAAACGACUGCGACUCCGUCAGCCCAUCCCCUCCUCUUUCCUACAUAAACUCUACAAAGACAGAAGCACAGAGAGUGGAAAAGACUGAUCUGAAUCCGAGCCCAAAUGCAUCAGAAGCAGAACUGCCAGGCACUGAUAGAUCACUUCCACCAGCAGUUUCUUUAGAAAACGAAUGUCUCGCUGCGCAAGCCAGUGAUCAAGAGGUACAGAGCUCUUCACAGACUAGAACCACAAGCUGUGACACAUCCAUCAAAACAGAGACACAGCAACACAACCAAGAAACAGGUGAAGACACAUUUCAAUCAACUAAGCCACGAGUAAACAUGAAGGAGAUCGCCGCAAGUUGUACCAAAGAGGAAGAGCAUAUGUCUCCAAAAGGGAUGCAGAGCUCUUUUGAGGACCAAAAGGAUGCAACAUUGAAAUGCCAAAUGACUGAAUGUGCCUCUCUGCCCCCACUGAUGGUAUUUGAAAGUCUACAUCAUCCAGUAAAAGAGGCUAGCUUCAACUUUAAAGGUUUUCUCAGCAUCAGCAAACCAGCACUUCCUCUUCAGACAGAAUCAACUAUUGACCAGAGAAAUUCCUACCAGCAUGGAACAGAAAAUGCACCUACUGCCACCGAAGAAGGAGGUAAAGAGGAAAACAAUGGAAAUCAGAGAGGAAAAGUGGAAAUGACAUUUAAAGAGCCAAAGGACCGCAGGGAAAUGACCAGUACACCCCAAAUGCAUGGUGAGACUACUGUAAAACCUGGAGAAAAUGUUAAUGUAAUUAUAAGUAGCUGUAAAGACGAUGGAAAAGCGACAGAUGAAUCUCCUGAUGUCAGCAAGAGAAAUCCCGUUAUAUUUUCAUCACUGUCAGCUGCAGGUGAUGCCACCGGUGUUACUGAAGCUAAAGAUGUGGUUAAUGAAACUCUGGAAGAUACUGAAGUAAGUAAAAAGAAACAGGAACAUAAAGAAUGUAUGAAUGUUACUCGUAUCACUCCAAAUAAUACCGAUGAGUCAGCUUCCACUGAGAAUAAUAGUGUUUUACUACAGGAUGUUUCUCCACAAGUGCGUCAUAACAGCAGCCCUGCUGUGCAUGGUGAGUGGGCUGAUAUGCCUCUGUCUGAAGGAGUUGAACAAAGACAUACUGAAGUUAUACUUACCACCAAGGAAAAGCUGGAUGAAGAGACUGUUAAAUCAAGGGGGUGUGGUUUACCUGAAGCAGGUGAUAUAGAACUAACAUGUCCAGGUUAUUCAGAGAAUCUUGUGAAUGACAGUCGAGAGCAAAAGCCAGAAAAAAGCACAUGUGAAGUUGAGUCACAGGUAAAGACCAGCUCCAUGUCUCCAGCAGCUGCCACAGACAUAGACAGAAUGUGCCCUUGCAUUCAACCAGAUAAGAAAUUCAACAAAGAGCAGCCUACUACAACCUCAGAGAUGGUGUUUCUGUCCAAAGCAGUUGAGUGUGCAGACAUGCUGCCCUAUCAGACUGAAUCACAGUACAGUAAUGAACGGUUGAAAAAUGAUGCAGCAGAUGCUGGCGACACAACAGUCCCUUCUCUUCCUGCAGCGGAGACUACAGUACCAGCACAAAGGGAUCUUUCCUCAACGACCACACAAAGCACUAACAGUAAUGGCAGGGAUGUGUCUGUCAUUGUACUAAAGGCUCCUGCCCCAAUACUGAGUCACUGUGAGUUCAUGAAUGACUGUGAUAUUGCUGUAGCUGGACCCAGAGAAGAUUGCAGGGUGAAUUGUGUGUUUGAUUCUGACACAGAUAUUGUAAAGAAUAUUACAGACAAAACGAAUCAACAGUCAGAUGUGAAUAAAGAGAUGUUAAGAUCUCAAAAUGCAGAUGAUCCUCCCUAUCCUGUUGAAAUGCUUCAUUAUCAACCUGCUUUGACAAUUCAACAAAGUCAUGAUGAUGAAAUCAAAUGUGAUCCACUCCUGAUGAACUUGGAGGACAAUCUCGUUACACUUUUGACUGAGGAUCCUGUUCAACAUGUGUCUGUAGACAUUGUAAAACUGAAUAAAGAUGUAUCCAAAGGCUCGAGACAGAUAAUGGGAGGAGAGCAAAAUAGGGAGUGUGUGCAAAAAAAUGAGGUACACAAUGUAAAAUUAAUUGCAGAAAAGGACAGUAAAAAGAGAACAAAUAACUCUCAAGAACAGGAUGACGAGGCUGCUGCAAAAGAAAAAGCUGAUCAAACACAAGAAGAAAAUCAGACAUUAAUAAGUCUAUUCAAUCUAUCAGGAGAAGAAAAACUAUUAGAUGAAACCAUUCCUAGAGGAAGAUUGGAGUGUAGCCCUAAGCCUGAUCCUGGUUUAACCUCCAAAGUGAUUACAGAGGAGGCUUUGGGUUGUAGAGGGGCACUAACUGAAAAAUCUUUUCCAGUCGUUGAUCAGACCCUGCCUGCAGUGGUGAAUGCUUCACCUGAGAGAGACCUCACACAAGAUCCAAGAGGUUUGAGCCAGUCAGACUUGACAUUUUCACAGUCCCAAGAUCUCCAGCGGCAACAUAAGUUUGUGAGUGAGAAAGAGUAUAUUUUUCAUCCCUCUGAUUGUCAGAUCUCCACCACGACACCCUCUUUUUCUGCUUCUGUGCUCCAGAAAAGUAUUACAGAGGAAAAAGAGUUAAGUGUGGAUCAGGCCUCUAAAGAUGCCCAAGAACCUAACACUCCUAAAUCAACUCCCCAAUCUAAGACAGCCAGCUGGAGGAUGAAGCAGCUUAAUAGGCAUUUGUCAGAGCAAUUCCCAGAUGGUACCCAAAACACAGAGGAGCAGGAUACACAGUGUUCUGAACAGCAGCUCAUGCCGGUACAACAUGUAGGUACUUGUUUAGACACUGAAAACACAAUCAGUACUAUGAAAGAAGAAGACACAGUUUCAAAUGGCUUACAUCAGCGAGUAGGAAUUCAAGAAGAGAUAAGUAAACAGAUGGCAAAUGAGGAAAAGAACAAGGCCACUGAAAAGGAUCACACAGAAAUGUCCAAAGGGGGUGAACCUAAGUUUUCAGGGUCUGUAGAGAUAAAAAACAUCUACAAAGAAAACCGAAGCAAGUUGGAGGAGCAGUCUUUAUUUUCAAUAGUUGAUAACGUAGACCAGCAAAUUGAAGAAGUUUCUAAUGGGACACUGACAGAAAUGAAACCGGUGGUAUCAUUGUUGUACCCUAAGACCUCUGUCUGCUUAGUGACUGACCUCCAAGAUUCCCUCCAGUUCCCUCCUACAGUCAAUCAACAGUCUAGUCAGCAGCCCACUAAGUCUUUUAUCCAAACUUUACAUCAAAACACCACAAAUACAGUUAAAAGUAGCAGUGAGCAAAGUCCUGAUAUAGAAGAUAACUCUCCUGGAGACACAGAAUGCCUUCUAAUCAAUAAAGCAAUACAAAAAGAUGACAGUGAAGCUAUUGAAGAUGAAGUCAGAAAGGUGUCAAAAGCUGCAGUAGAACUAUCGCAGGUUAUCCACAGUUCAGACAGCCAAGUCCUCAGUGCAUUCUUUGAACCUGAGAGGCCAGAUACAGUCAACUCCUCCGAAGGUUCUGAUUGGCUCAGAGCUCUGAAGGAGGCAGCCUCCAUGUCUCAGAUCAUUCCAGAGCACAGUGAUGAGACUCCUUGUGAAUCUACAGAAAAAAGACUGUUUGAGACCCACAGUUUGCCUCAGGCUGAACUAGAAUUCCGAACCCCAACACAAGAAUAUUUUCUCCCUGCUCCUGAAGAGUGUUUCCCUCCUGCGCCUGAGGAGUGUUUUCCCCCAGCUCCUGAGCAGAGUUUUCCUCCUACUCCUGAGGAGAGUCUUCCCCCUACUCCUGAGGAGAGUUUUCCUCCUGCUCCUGAGGAGAGUCUUCCCCCGGCUCCUGAGAGUCUUCCCCUGGCACCUGAGGAGAGUUUUCCUCCUGCUCCAGAGGAGAGUCUUCCCCCGGCUCCUGAGGAGAGUUUUCCUCCUGCUCCUGAGGAGAGUCUUUCCCCGGCUCCUGAGGAGAGUUUUCCUCCUGCUCCUGAGGAUAGUUUCCCCCCGGCUCCUGAGGAGAGUUUUCCUCCUGCUCCUGAGGAGAGUCUUUCCCCGGCUCCUGAGGAGAGUUUUCCUCCUGCACCUGAGGAGAGUUUUCCUCCUGCUCCUGAGGAUAGUUUCCCCCCGGCUCCUGAGGAGAGCUUUCCUCCUGCACCUGAGGAUAGUUUUCCUCCUGCACCUGAGGAGAGUUUUACCCCUGUUACUAAGCAGCCAGAAGAACCACUAGACUGCAGGUCUCUUCUGGUAAAAGCUGCUGAGAGGAGUGAGCCUGUCCCCUCUCCCAUAUCACCCCUACCACAGCACAACACUGCUCCUGCCCUCCCUGCCCACCUGCUCCAGGACACAGUUGAGUUCCCCACACCGCCCCCUACCCCUCCGGACAGGGCUCCCCCUGAGCCUCAGACCCUUCCUCCUGCUCCUGCUGGUCUACUGGAGGCUUCCCCUGCUGCCCCUGCGCCUCCUCAAAUCCAACAGCUACAGCACUCUGAGCCUUCAGCAAGGAGCUCAGACUCAGACGGAGCGUUCGAAACCCCUGAGUCCACCACCCCUGUGAAGUCUGCUUCCCCACCAGUGUCCCCAACAGAGCCCCCCUGCACCAAAUCAGAGGCAUUGUCCCCAGAACACACAGCUUCCACUGCUGACAUCUCUGCCAGUGAAGCUGAAGAGCCAAAACAGCUUCAAACUCUCAGCCGCUCUCAAUCCAGAGCCUUUGAUGAGGACAAACCAAUAGCUGCUAGUGGCACCUAUAACCUAGAUUACUUAAUUGCUGAUGACCCCGUUCCAGAAUCAAAUUUUGGGUCUGGACCAUCAAGCAGAGCGCCUCUUACCCGCUCUCUAAGCCUACAGUCAGGUGAGUUAGAGAGCCCAGGAGACAAGCCCUCAGGAGGAACCUCCGAAAAACUCAUUCACACACAAGCAGAGUCCUUCAGCACAGGAACAGAAAGCGCUCCGGGAACACUUCGUAAAGUGAAGAAGCCCCGUUCAGGUUCCCUAAAGAAGAAACCUCUUUCCCGGCAGAACUCAAACCCAGAGCAUUCCUCUCCCAAAACGGUUUCCUCUAGCAACACACCAGAAGAGAAAAAGAGAGGAAAACUACACCCCGAAAGCCCCUUGCAAACUCAAGAGAGGCCUAGUUCCUCUCCCAGCCCUAGUCCUAGUGGUACCCUGCGGAGGAACAGGAUAAAGACUCGAGUUGAGAGUCCUCCACCUUUGCCUGAGGAGGUCACUACCAGUUCAAUAUCAAGUCCUGUACCUGAGGCUCCAAUUGUCCCUGACGAGGAGUCUCCUAUCCCUCCAACUGCCUCCUACAAAUGGGAUCCAGACAACUUUGAGAAUAUUGACCCAUUCUGUACAGGAGGCAGUAAAGUCGCCAACUCGCCGGUCUUGGGCAGGAAAGCCGACUUUACAUCAGUUUCAGACACCCCUGUUGCUGUAGAGGAGCCUUGUGCCUCUUCUCCUGCUAAAGAACAACCCAUUAACACUGAGGAACAGCCAAUCAGCACUGAGGAACAGCCAAUCACAAAGCGCCAAUCAGUCAGACUGGAGUUUGACUAUUCAGAGGACAGUGGAGAGGCACCUCGCAAUACUCCUCCUCCUAAAAUCCUAGGCAAGAAACCAGGGGCCAAGAUGCCCAUCCGAAAGCCCAAACUGGGGAUUAAGAAGGCCCCUCCACCGCAGACAGAGCAGCUAGACAAUGCACCUAUCCCUGCACUGACAAAUGAUAUGGAUGAUAUCCCAAUCCCCAAGGGGCUAUAUAACUUUGAUCCCAGCAAGUGGGAUGACCCUAACUUUAAUCCAUUUUCUUCAAGCACUGGUAUCCCCAACUCUCCUGGCCUGCCUAAAGGAUCUCACAGCUUUGGUCCUGACUCCUCUGAUGACUCAGCCGAUCCCUUCAAAUCAUCCAACAAGAUGGGAAACGUGCCUCCAAAAGCUGCCUCUUUUGACAAGUCCAACAAUGACAACGAGAAUGACAAUGAUAACAUUGUUGAGAUGGAGGACCACAACCAGAACAAACCUGCCAAGAACAAGAAGAAGCCUCUCAAAUCUAACACUUUUAGAGUGAAGAAAUCACCAAAGAGGACUCCGAUUACUGAGCCGUCUGCUCAAUGUUGUCCUGUGUGUUCUCCAAUCUCGCCCUCCACUUCACACACACAUAAUCACCUGCAGGAGCACUCACCUGACGCCAAUCCUGAGCCUUCACAAGAUCACGCCACAGAUGAGGAGAAACUGGCUUCCUCCACCAGUCAGAAAUGGACUAGACAUGACAUAGAGGUGGAGCUGACCUCUGACUCCCAAUACUUCCCACAGCCGACUGACUUUACAGCUUUUGUCAACGAGAACAGUUUACCCAUACAGAGUGAUGUUACAGAUUAUGAGAUUGAAUACAUGGAAAAGAUCGGUUCCUCCACACCUCCUCUCUCGGUGAAGAAACCAUCACUUUAUCUGAAGCUGGACUCUGUGCCAGACAGUCCAACAAAGACUUCCAACAAACAAGAUUCAGAGCCCAAUUCUCCCUGCACUGGGAGCUUCGAGGAGAUGGAGGCUCAGAUCUCGCAGGGGAAAUCACCUGUGCUGCCACCACGUGGUGCUCGUGACUCUAUGGCCUCAGAGAAGAGCAGAAAGAGGGACGGCCAGUCUCAGAAUCGAACACCGAGCAACCAUAGAGAUGGAGCGUCCCCAAUCCAGGGCCCCGUGGAUCCCUCAGAUCUGCCCCUCUUAGACAGGCUGUCUGAUUCACCUGCCCCUCUCAGCUACCUGGAACCUGAUCUGGCAGAGACCAACCCCACUGCCUUUGCUCAAAAACUGCAGCAGAGAGAAAUGGUCUCACCGGUGGACAGUGGGGUUUCGAAGAGCUCCCUCUAUUCACUAUCAGGAUACAUUGAAGGGGAAAGCCAUCAUUUGCCGUGUGACAUGGACCACUCUCUUGCCAUCGCCCGAGAAGAGAUUGUUAUAAAAGAGAAAGAAGCCAUGGAGUGGAAAAGAAAAUACGAAGAGAGUAGACGGGAGGUGGAGGAGAUGAGGAAGAUAGUUAUGGAAUAUGAGAAGACUAUUGCAGAGAUGAUUGCCAUGCCUGAGGGUGAACAGAGGGAGAAGACUCUGUCUCAUCACACUAUCCAACAGCUGAUUCAGGAAAAGGACCAGGCUUUAGCUGAUCUCAACUCUGUGGAGAAAUCUCUUGCUGACUUGUUCCGUCGCUAUGAGAAGAUGAAGGAUGUUUUGGAAGGCUUCCGCAAGAACGAGGAUGUGCUGAAGAAAUGUGCACAGGAGUACCUGUCUCGUGUACGUAAGGAGGAGCAGCGCUACCAGGCCUUGAAGAUCCAUGCUGAGGAGAAACUGGAUAAGGCGAAUGCUGAUAUCGCUCAGGUGAGAGGCAAAGCCAAGCAGGAGCAGGCAGUGUAUCAGGCGAGUCUGAGGAAAGAACAGAUGAAGGUGGACUCACUGGAGCGCACACUGGAACAAAAGAACAAAGAGAUUGUGGAACUGACCAAAAUUUGUGAUGAACUGAUUGCCAAAAUGGGAAAGAGCUAGCCGUCCAUUUGACAGAGCUCUGUCCAUACCACAAAGGGACACAAGAACAAUAACUGGACAAGAUGGAGGGACAAGUUAAAAGUGUUUGUUAUUGUUUUUUCCUAUUUCUAAUGGACAGAACAAUGAACUAACCAAACAAAGGGAAUUCACACUACUGAAGUCUUCACAUAAACUUGGAGUCUCUAGGACACACUAGUUUCUGGCUGUAAUUAUUUUCUCUUCAUUUCAAUGUGUUAAUGUACAGUACACCACCUUACCUUUGUUGAGGGCUUUGUGAAAGUACUCCCGGCCAUCAGUAGAGACUUUGUUUGAAUGUCUGUAUAGCACACACACACACACACACACACACACACACACACACACACACGCAGAGAGUAAGUGUUUAUAGUAAGUCUGAAGUUAUGAGUGCUGUUGCCAUGACAACCACUGAUGGAGCCGACUGUUAAAUUGAUUCCUGUGGUACCCUCUUUUUAACUUAAAAACAGAAAUGACCAGAGAGAAUAUAUAUAAUAUAAAACAGAUGAGUUAAUCAUUCAGUUGUUACAAAGUGGUAUUCAUUUUCAUAAAAAAAAUGCAUGUUGUAGGCCUUGCCAGUUUUGUAAAUAUGACAAUGACUUGAAAAUAGUAAGGGAACAUAAUUGCAGAUUUUGAUACUGUUAGUUUGAUCAGCUUCCUUAUGUAUCUUUGUAGAUACUUGUUGUUCAUUUGUUUUGCUGUCUUCUAGCAACACUGAUGUGUGCUUUUAUUUUUGGAUUUUAUUUUGAUAUAUAAACUUGUCACUGUCAGUGGUUCUGGGCUAAUUUAAUCUGAAUGGUUUUGUCUCCGUCCUGUUAUAGCUGAUUUUUUAGAUAAAAGAAACCCCAUCAGCUAUACAGGACAUGCUUACAAAGUGCAAUAAAAGAUGGCAAUACAA